AUGACUCAACGGGCCUUGACCCAAAUCUAUCCUCCAGCAGUUCGCAUCAUCGAUUUAACCGGUUUCUCCCUCACUCGUCUUCCCAACAGUCGAUCAAAUCCAAAAACGUUGUUUGUUGCUUCGCGAGUUCUAAAAAUUGAACAGGAAGAGAAGAUGGGGUUUAUUAUGGAAUUUGCUGAGAAUUUGGUCCUGAGGUUGAUGGAGGAUCCAAAGGAGAGGGACCGGAAGUUCAGGGAGCACGUAUAUGCAGUCAAGGAUCGAUGCCAAAAGACCAAGGAGAUGUGGAGCUAUCCUCUUCGCCCUUAUGGGUUUUGGACAUUUGAGCGCCACAAUGCACAGCUUGCUUGGGAUGCUAAGAUUAGCCAGGUUCCUGGUCGAAGGGACCCCUAUGAUGACCUCCUUCAAGAUAGCUAUGGCUUCUCCAAGUGA